AUGGACGCUAAGGCGCCGGAAACGCCGGAGAGCGCACGGGCAUUGGCGGCGCGCGCAGUCCAGCGCGAGCUCCAGGGGGCAUAUGAAUGUGCACUAGAGGGGUAUACAAGGGCGACGCAGCUCUUUCUGUCUUUUGCGCGCACGAGCCAUGGCGCGUCAAGCAGCGCUGCGGACGACCACAAACGCAUGGCAUCACGCCUCUUGUCGCGUGCCGAGCGCAUCAAAGCUGCAUUGCACCAUCCGCUGGGUGCGCGGAUUGCGAUGGAGGCCAAGGGGAAUAACUCGUGGGCGCCAUGGCCACAGACCGUGCCAAAAGAGGCCGAGUCAGCACGUCCACCGCUCUCGGAAUUGCAGCUGCAGCACGGCGCAGAGUACCGGCCAUGCUCUUUGCCUGUCUACAACGCAUCCCGCACUGUGCGCGGGGGCGAUAUCCGCCAAGGCUCCGCGACCGACUGCUCGUUUGUCGCGGCACUCGAGGUGGCGGCCGAGCACGAUGCACGGUGGGGAACGGGCCUCGCGCACGGUGCACUCUACCCGAAACAGGAGCAAGUUCCUACGGAAAGCCACAACAAUAUAUACCAUGUAAAGUUGUUUGUCGACGGCAUUGACCGUUGUGUUAUUGUGGACAAUGCGCUGCCAAUGGAUACCAACGGCAACCUCGUCUGCGUUUCUACAUGCCACUCGCCGGUAAUGUGGCCCGCGCUCUUGGAAAAGGCGUUUCUCCAAGCGCACGACUCUGGCUACGAUUUCCACGGCUCGGAUGCUGCCGCAGACCUGUACAUGCUCACCGGCUGGAUUCCCGAGCACAUUCCGCUUCAAGACGAACAAUUCCAGAGGGAAAAGACCUGGACGCGGCUGUACCGCGCCUGGUCGCAAGGGGCGUGCAUGCUGUCGGCCGGCACCGGCACUACCGUGGAUCCGGCGACGUCGAGUGUCUUGCAUGCUCUUAUCCCCUCGCACUGCUACGCGAUUCUGAGUCUGCGGGAGGACCACGGCGAACGGCUCAUGACGCUCGUCAACCCGUGGAAGGUUCAACACGACUCGCCAAACGCCCUAUUUCCCGCUGCGCAGGACACGCCGGCAGUGCUCGAGUGCCGCUGGGAAGAGUUCUGCUCGGUGUUUGACGCACUGGGCGUAAAUUGGGACACGGCCUCGUAUCCAUAUACCAAGACACACCAUGCCUCGUGGGACUGGAACGCGGACGCCGGCGUGCUCCCCGACCAUGUGGAAUCCGCACUGAGCGAUCAGUACCAACUGGAACUCGGGCCCAGGAGUGACGACGUGCUUGUCCACCUCGAGCGGCACCGCAUGAGCCGCGACGUGCCCGAGUACAUUGCGCUGCACGCCUUUCUCAACAGCGCACGGGCCAGGCUCGCGCAUGUCGAGCACGGUGGGGAGAUGGGCGUGUAUGUCGAUGGGCGCCACACCCUGCUGCGCCUCCCACCGAGCGCAGAGGCGUCGCGGUACACGCUCGCCGUGUCGCGACACGGCACGGCCACGCGCCCGUUUCCGCUGUACUCGUUGCGCGUCUACUCGCGCGUAGCGCUGGACGUGCACACGCUGCCGACCAUGCUUGCUUCGCGCAAAGUGAUCGAAGGAGUAUGGCGCGGCCGGUCGGCCGGCGGCAACAUGAUGUACGGCCACUUUCGGCACAAUCCACAGUACCGCGUGCGUGUGCACGACGUCCCCGGCUCGCUCCCCCGGCUCGUCGCGCGGCUCACGACGCGGGCGCAGGUGCCGGUGCAGGUCGCGCUCGUGCGUACGCACGAACGCGUCGUGCACCUCGGCGCGCCGACGCUCGUCGCAAGCAGCGGCGCCUAUACCCGCGGCCUGGCGCUGUGUGACGUGCAGGCCGUGCAGCCCGGCGAGUACAUUGUCGUUGUCUCUACCUUUGAUCCGAUCCACGCCGAAUUCGCGCUCGCGAUCGAGAGCAGUGCGCGGAUGGAAGUCGAGUCGGUGCCCGUCGAGGGCGCCGGGAUGUACCACCGCAGCGGCGUGAGCGACUCGGGGUGCUCUACCCUGGCACUGGAGCGUGCCACGAGCGUGCAGCUCUGUGCGUCGUGCGACGGCGGCGGCGUGCAGCUUGCUGUGUGUGGCCGCGACGGGAUGCCCCUGUCCUCGGCAUCGUCCGACCCACCGGCCGCGACGUGUGCGACGCUGUCUAUCCGCAUGCUCCCGCCCGGAGACUACCUGCUGCGUACCGACCCCCCGGACCGCCGGACGGUCGUCGAUGUAUAUAGUGCACAGCCCGUGGCGCUGCAGGCCGCUCCCUAG